GGGGCGGCGAGCGGUUGUCGAGUUGUCCGUCAGUGCGGACGGUAAUGGCGCCAGAUCCCUGACCGUGACCGGCCUUGCCUAUCCUACCAUGCGGCAACAGUGAUCAUGGCUGUACCGCGGUGUCCCGGAGGCAGGCCGAGUGCCUGGGCCGUGCUGCUCGGAGCUCUGGCACUGUUGCUGAGUCCGGCAGCUGGAACCUGCCCUAGAGGAUUGGACUGCACUAUAAAGCGACGUGAACAUUGCACGCCUGGAUUUGAUCACUGUGGGCCAUGUCUGUCUGAUUUUGUUGAAGAUGAGAAAGGAAAUUGUGUAGAGAAGCACAGGAUGCAUCAUAGACCUUCAGAUAUCAAUGGUGAUAUUGAUUACAUAGCAUCACUCUUGGCCAAAAAAGAGGAUGUGCCACAUACACGACAACUGGCGGCAGCAUCAGAGACUGGCAAGAAUAAACCUGCUAAAUUAGAAGAUGAAUUGCAAGGAGGUCGUGCAGACAUUCCAUCCAAUAAAGAAAUGUUAUCUACUACAGCAAGCACGCCCCCAAAUGCUCCUGGUAAAGUGGCAGCAGUAAAGAGUAUUCCAAAGAGAGAUGUUCCUUUCACCGAUGCCAUCCUACUCACUUUGAUCAUUGUAUGCACAGUGGCGGGGGUCUCUGGACUGAUCGUUGCUGGCAUCUGCUGGUACAGAUUACAGAAAGAGGUGAGAUUAACUCAGAAAGCGGACUAUCCAGGCUAUGGUAUAAUUGGAUCUAAUGUUCAACCUGAGAAACCCUUGAGUGGUGACAAGAAGCUGGCACAGAGUGCCCAGAUGUACCACUACCAACAUCAGAAGCAGCAGAUGCUAUCGAUGGAGAAAAGUAAGGAUGAAUCCAAAGUACCUGAAUCAGCAACAGAAUCUGAGGGAGAGAAUGAAGAUGGAGAUUUCACGGUCUAUGAAUGUCCAGGACUAGCUCCAACCGGGGAGAUGGAGGUCAAGAAUCCACUUUUUGAUGAUUCAUCUCUGCAUCAUCCACCCCUCAGUAACUAGACAAGCUGGUAUCUCUCGGGACUUACAAGACUUCAAGGAGGGAGAAUUAUCUGCAGUUACAAGAGAUCGUUCAACUGUGCACCAAAAGACUGUUUCGCUUCCAAUGGCCAAUUUCAUUCUGUUUCUGACUGUUGAGGAAAUCCGUCCCCUUACCCCAAUUUAAACUCUGGUAACGGUUUUUAAUCACUCCACCACCACGAUAACCAUACAUUUUCAGCUGUAUUUUUUUCUGAAGAAGGGUCCAGACCCAAAACGUCAGCUUUCCUGCUCCUCUGAUGCUGCUUGGCCUGCUGUGUUCAUCCAGCUCUACACCUUGUUAUUUCGUACAUUUUCAGCUUCCUUGACCUGACAUGCUGGGCAGUUCAAGAGGAUGUUACGGUUCUUGUUACCCGGUGAUCACCUUGUUUCUGGAAGAGAACAGAAUGUAUAGCAGUUCAAAGGAAAGUAUUAAGAAGGUGACUAUUGUUGCCCCUCAGUGGUUUGCACACAGGGGUGUGUGCGCUGCAGACCAACUAGGAACAGGUAUGCCCGUAAAGCCAUUUUCCUGACACUCCUGGGUGUGGUGUGAUACCUUUCUCAAUCUGACUAGAAAGUAAUCAAUGAAAGUGAGACUUGUUCCAUAAGGCAGUAAUGUCAUUUUACUGUGCUUUGUAGUGAUCAGCUGCAGUUGCUAAAUGUAGCUACCUCUUUAUUAAGGAAGAGUUGAUGUUUCAUUCUUUCAAAUUGUAAUCCAUUAGGACUCUUCACAGCAGCAGUCAUCUAAAAGCCAUUGAUUUUUCCAUUGCAGUAGGGUAUUGUAAAUAACUUGUCAAAUUGUGAUGAACUGCCAGUUGUCUUGAACCUUAAUGUAAGUAACUCAAUGGGACAGUUAUCAAUUAUCAAUGCUCUCAAGGAUGAGAGAAAAACAUUUGUCCCACUGAAGCUCAUUCUUCAUUGACUCUUAAUUGUCCUGGCAAAACAUUCAUUUUGUAAUCUUGUAAUGCACAGCUAUUCUACUGAUAUUUCCAAAUUAUUUUCUGAAAUCAUUUCACUGCCCAUUAAAACUGAAGAAGCAUGUAAAGAGCCAAAACUCUAAUAUUGGAAUGAAAUAAAACCAUGGUGUAAUUGACAGGAGAUGAAGAAGCAGGACACAAUUAAAUUGACCACACUCGUUAACCAUUCACUUUAUGUAUGUCAGAUUUUAACCAGUAACUAAGUGUUACCUCUUUAAUGACAAUUCAGGAUGGUAUUAGUCUGUUAGUGUAGAGAGGUGCUGUUGUUGCCAACUGUGCUCUAUUUCUUACUCCCAUCCAUUCCCUGUCCUACAAAUUGCACGAUCUUCCAUUGUUAGAUCAAUUGCGGAGUUAUACAAAGGAUCCAGCUUUCAGUUAUGACUGACACUAAGCAUACGUUCUGAUGGCAAUACCAAUCAGUUCCAGGCUUUAAUCAAAACACCACCUUCAGAGCUGUAUGUUGCACUUUGUGACUGCUAGUGAGAAUCGGGUUUGUCAGGCUGACCGUGGUUACAGUAGUAUGAGAAACCCAGGGAUUGAAAGUUCGAAUCCCAAUACAACAGAUUUAUGACAUUGACUUCAUUCACACUGGUAAUUUGUAGGGUAAAAGCCAGAAACAAGUGAUAGAUUGUUGUAAUACUUCUUGCCUCUUCUGUCUGUUCCACAAUACACAUUACUGUAGACCACAGUAGACGAUUGAUUCUAUGUGCCCUCUCAUAUUCUAGCAAGCUCAUGUACAAACAAGUAGCACACCAACUACUGCCUCCUGGUAACUGCCAAUGAGGAGCAACAAAUGUUGCCUUGCCAGCAUUCCAAGAAUAAUUUUUCAAAUUAAAAUCUAAUUUCCUGCAGGUUAGUGCUUGCUAACUGAUUUCAACAGUACAGAUCCAACAAACUCAUUUUCUGAAGAAGGGUCUAGGCCCGAAACAUCAGUCUUCCUGCCCCUCUGAUGCUGCUUGGCUUGCUGUGUUCAUCCAGCUCUACACCUUGUUAUCUCAGAUUCUCCAGCAUCUGCAGUUCCUACUAUCUCAGAUCCAACAAAUCUAUUUUAUUUAGACACCCCAACAUGUUUACACCUGAACCCCACUUGCCCAGCUGAAGUUUUAUACCUGGAAAAAGGGCAUUCUUCAAAUGGAUACACGUUGUACUUGAGUAGUUCAGGUCCAGGUGUAAAGGUCUUUGUUUCCCAAACUAGGGAAAGAAGACAUCUGUAUAUUAGUCAUAUAAUUGCUUUGGUAACUGUAUGAUUUUCUUGUGUAAUUGUAAUAUAGCGGAAACAUGUUGAGAGAGAUGUUUAAAAAAAAAUGAAGGUUAUAUCUGGAUUUCAUAAAUUGGUUGAACAGAUUUUAAUGUAAUUAAAAACAUAUUUAUGAAAUAAUUUAUGUGCAAGUUUAUAGAAACUAGCUUAGUACUUAGAUUUUGUUUAUGGGUCUAUUCCUAAGAUUUUAUUUCAAAGAGCUUUAUUUUAAAGGGACUGGAUUGAUAAUGUUGUAUUUGCUGGUGAUGCUUCAAUAUUGAAUGCUGUAUAAGUCAGUUAACUUCAGAAUAUUUUCUGUUCUGCAAAUUUUAUACAGGCUCCACAAUGUCCAGAGCCCACUGCAGGAGCCAGGUUAAUCCCACAGGUUCAGUUGGUUGCUUCUAACAAUUACAGGAGCCUAUCUAUGACCCAAAGUUGGACCUACUUACUGUAAUUACUCAUGCAAUUCUGCUGAAAAGGUUGUCUUAAUCCUGAUCAAGCAGUUUAAACUAUUAUCAACAGGAAAAAUAUUGAAUAUUCUGUACUAUAACUAAUCUAUGAUAAAAUGAAAACCAAAAUGAUGGAGGUGUACGACUAAUGGAUCAGCAUCUGAGGGAGACAAGGGAUUAACACUUGUGUUUAUUCAUAAAAUCAUUCAGUAUAAAUGGGGCCAUUUGGCCCAUUGUUCUUGUGUUAGCUCUUUGAAAGAGCUAUUCCAUUGAUCCCAGACUCCUGCUCUUUCACCCCAGCCCUGCAUUUUUACUCCAGAUGAUAACCUGCAGUCUUUAGAUGGUCUUGACACAUUUGAAUGUAAUCAAACCCACGAAUGAGCUGCUAGAUUGAAGCUGACGGCCAGGAAUAUAGCAAUGCACUGCUAACUUGCUUGGCACCCUUCAGUCUUCAUGCAUAAUUUUAAUAUUCAAAACAGCAAGACCAGAAACAACAGUCAUUUUAGCUUCCAGAAUUUCCACAGCAAGCGUUAAUAGUUAACCUGAUGGAAGUAUUCCAGUGGAGUAGACUUGGCUUAAAUUGUUACCAAUUGUGUAAACACCAAAACUACCUGAAAAGGGUUGCUUUCUGCAUAAAGGGAAGUUGUUCGAUGAAAACCAACUCCUUCAGUUAGUUUUUAAUUUGAUACUUGAAUUGCUAAGCUGCAGAUUCCAUUCCAUUGUAAUUCAAUAAACAGAAAUAUGCUUUCAUUUUAAACCGGAAUAUGAACAUUAAUGAGAUGGCUAAUGUUAAAUAUUUCCUGCUCGGAGCGAGCAUGUAGUGGUUAGAUGGGAAAUUAGUUGAAUUUGAGUUGCAUGGUGCACUGUGGGAGAAAGAAGAGAUUCCAGGAUGCGGAUCGAUAAUGCUUGCAUAAGACAAAUACUUUGGAUCAGAUUUUUGAUAUUCUCCCUUUGUUUCUUAUUCCCUCUCUUAUUCUUAUGGGAUUGGCCACAUAGACCAUGGUGAUCUUUAACAUUCCAAUGAUCUGAUCUGCAUUUGUCUUCUGCCAUUUCAUGUAUUUAUAUUCUAUCUGUUCACUUUUAUUUCAGUUGUCUUCAUUUCUAGUAUAUUUCAUUUUCCCAAAUAUAGUCACCACAAUUUAAAAUACCUGUUCUUGCAUUAUGUAUAUUGUAUUUUUCAGUGAAAAAUAUUAAUUUGUUGAAGACCUAUUUUUUAUUUUGGCCCUGUUUUCUGUGGUAUUAUUGAACAUAAAUAAAACUUGCUUUUUUCACUGGA